AUGAUUAUAGUAAUUAUAAAAAUAAAAAAUAUUUAAGAUAAAAGAGGGAAAUAAGGUAAUGAUAUAUAAAUUGAUUAGUAUUAAGAGGAGAAAAAGGGAGUAAAGUAUUAAGAAAUGUUAAACAAGUAGAGAAAUUAGAGAAUAAUUAUAAAAUAUGAUGAUAUAUAUAAAUGAAUUAUUAUAUUAUAUUUAUAUUUAGAAAAAAUAAUAAAUGAAUAUUAACAGUAAUAGCAAGCCAAGUCUUUAAGAAUAUCUAGAUAAAUUAAAACAAAUAUAAGAUGCAAAUAAUAGGAGAUUAAGUUAGGCAAAAUCACAAACGAAUGCAUCAAAAAUAAUGACUCCAAAGACAGUUUCUCAAUUAAAAUAAUAAACAAAAUCAUCAACUGAUCGUUCACAUUCUUAACAUAAAUUGGUGCCAUUUUUUUAGAACAGGAAAGUGUCAAGUUCUAAAAGAUAAACAAGUUAAGCAGAUGAACCAAAAAUACCAAUAUCUAGUUAAGGUAUAACAAAAACAGUAGAGGCAACAUCUCCAAGAAUGGGUGAAUUAGAAGAUAUAAAAAAAUAAUUAAAUUAAUGGUUUAUAAAAGAGAGUAAGAAUAACAAUACAGGAGGAUGUUUACAAUUAUUAGAGCCUACAUUAGUUCAUAAUAUUUGUAUAAAUAAAUAAAUUAUAUUUAGUGAAAUUACCUCCAAGAUAGAAGAUCAAUUCAGAAUUGAGAGCUUCUUUAACAGCUAAAGAUUUGUAAGAUAAUACAGCACUUCAUUAUGCAGCUAAAAAUGGAAAUGCACAAUUAACAUCAGCAUUAAUAUUUAAGUAAAUAGCAAUAGAUGCAUAAAAUAAAGAUCAUAUGACUCCAUUAAUUUUAGCUGCUAUUAAGUAUAAUUAAAUAAUUAACUAUUAGUGGAUAAGAAGAAGUAUUGAUGAUUUUAAUGAAUGCAGGUUCAGAUAUCAAUCAUUAAGAUUGUUAUGGAAAUACUGCAUUACAUUAUGGUUGUAAAUAAAAUCACAAAAUUAUUGUUCAAUUAUUAUUAAAAAGAUAAUCCAUAUAAUUUAAAAUUAAUAAAGAACAUAAAACAGCUGAAUAAUAUGCAUAAAAUGAAGAUAUUCAACGUCUCUUUUAAAAUCAUAAUGAUGAUCUUAAAAAAUAAUGUAAUUUAUAUUUAAAUUAUCUUUAAGAAUAAAAAAUGAAUAUGGUUUAGAUAUAGAAUACAUAAAAUGAUGUGAUAUUAAAGAUGUUUUAAUUUAAAAAAGGAUAAUUGAAUUCUUAAUAAUAGGGAGUAAUUUAAUAAUAAUAAGCAUAAUAAACAUAAUAAUCAAGUUUAGGAUAAACUACAACUUAAUUAAAUAGUUAUUCAUGCAAGAAUUUAAAUGUUGUAAAUAAAUAGUCAUCAUCUCCAAAUAAUCGAACUUAAUAAGAGAUUAAAUAGGAGAGAUUAAACAAAAUAAAUUCAACACAUUCAGCAAAGUAAUAGUUAACAAAUACAGUUUCUACAAACUCUGAUUCAAUAAAGAAUAAAGAAGAAGAAAAGAUAGGACCUUAAUAAUUUUAAGUAAUUGGAUUAAUAGGUAAAGGGAGUUUUGGAGAAGUGUAUUUAGUAUAGAAGAGUAAUUAGUUAUAUGCAAUGAAAGUGCUUCAUAAAAGUAGAAUAAUGAGUAAAAUAUAUAUUUAAAUAAUAAUUAGAACAUAAUUUAACUAGAUAUGCAUUAACUGAAAGAAAUGUAUUGUCAAUAACAUCACAUCCAUUUAUCGUUAAAUUAAGAUUUGCAUUUUAGACAUAGGAUAAAUUAUUUAUGAUUUUGGAUUAUUGUCCAGGAGGUGAUCUUGGAGAAGUUUUAUAAAAAUAGAAAAGACUUCCUGAAAAUAUAGUUAAAAAUUAUUUAUGUGAGAUUGUAUUGGCUUUAGAAGAUUUACAUAAAAGAGAUAUAAUAUUUAGAGAUUUAAAACCAGAUAAUAUAGUUUUAGAUAGUGAAGGUCAUGCAUUAUUAACAGAUUUUGGAUUAUCUAAAGAAGGAAUCUUGGAACCUAAUACUGGAGCAAGAUCAUUUUGUGGAUCUGUAGCUUAUUUAGCACCUGAAAUGUUAAAAAGAUGUGGACAUGGAAAAGCUGUUGAUUGGUAUUUAUUAGGUGUUGUUAUGUAUGAAUUACUUGUUGGAUUACCUCCUUAUUAUGCUAAUAAUAGAGAAGAAUUAUUUUAUAAUAUCGAAAAUGCUUAACUUAAAAUACCUUCAUAUAUUUCUAGUGAGGCCAAAAAUCUAUUAAAAGCAGUAUUUACUCUAUAUUUAUAUUUUAUUAGUUAUUAUAAAGAAAUCCUGCUAAACGUUUAGGUUCAGGUAAAGGAGAUUCUGAGGAAAUUAAAGCACAUUAAUACUUUUAAGAUGUUAAUUGGGAAAUUGUUUAUAAUAGAGAAUUACCUAUGCCUAAACCAAAUAGAAAAAUUAGAAUUAAUACUAAAAUUGAUGGAAAUGUAUUUGAUAUGCAGAGUAUUGUUGAUGAAUCAAAAGCACAUUUGGGAGGCUGGACUUUUGUUAAUAAUGAUGAAUUAUGA